UGUGGUUUGGCGGGAAGAUACCUGAGGAGUUGUCGUCGUAGCUGUGUUAUUGUGUUGCCUUAAAUCGUUGAAGUUUGAAUUUUGCCAAGAUUUUUUGACAAAAUUAUUCAUUGCUUUAGAAAAAAGAAAAAUCGGUGAUUUAUGCAUGUUAAUUCACCUUUCAUCUUUGAUGCGCCGUUUAUGAGUCUGGUUGAAAUUGAACCCUGCUUUGCUCUCUCGCGCUUCCAUGAGUGACUUAUUAUGAAGGUUAAGCCCCUUUUAAAUUUCGUAUGAACGCAAGUUUCUUUUAGUUUUCUCAAGACUUCGAAGAUGGAUUCAAGUUCAGAAGAUGAGAGUGUUUUCAACCGUCGUAAAUCUUCAAGUAAAAAGAUAUUUGAUAGUGAUGAUGAGGCUGCUGGUGAAGCCGAUGAUAAUUUGAAAGAAGCCACUGAAGAUUUUACUCUCCACCUAUCUGAUGAAGAAGAUGAUGAGGAUGGUGCUUCCGUGAAAGCAAAUAUUGAAGCAGCUCUUGCUCAGGAAGAAGCUUCUGCUGAAAAUGCACAUGAUGUCAAAGAGGAUUCCAAAGAUGAAAGUAGGGGAGACAGCUCAAGGCUUGACAACAAAGAGAUGAAAUCCAAUGCUGCUCAAAAGUCAAUAAACCCAUCAGGAAAUUUAGACACAGCAGAUAUUAUGAAAAAGCUAAGUGCCUUGGCUGAUUCCGAUUCAGAGUCUGAUAUUGAUGGUGAUCUAGAACCUUUACCAACAAGUAUUAAGAAGAGCAAUUCGAAAUCAAAGAGCUGCAUAGCUUCAGAGUCAGAUGAUUCAGGUAAUGAAAGGAGUCAAAGCCAUUCAGAUGAUGAAACUAAAGAAGCAGUUUUGUCGUCCAAAGGCAAGCAACGUAAAUCUGCUCCAGAGAGAAAAAGUAAAACAAAAGCCAAAGAUGCAAUGCUUGAGAUAAAAGCCGAAAGUCAGAGGCAGUUGCGACAGUCUAACAUUGGUUUGCCAUAUCAUGUUCCCAAGCAACGGUCGCUUUUAGACUUCUUAAACAGACGCAAGCCUGCAUCUUCAAUGCCCAUUCGGGGACCUGUUGAGCAACUGGCAACGGUUUGGAAGCAGAUAGAAGACAGGGAGAAAGAAGUUGAAGACUUUUAUAAGUCUGAAUCUGAACAUGAAAGUGACGAAGAGGAAACUACCCAAGAAGUAGAGCAAAGUGAAGAAGGUACCGAGCCAGCUGAACAAGUUGAAGGCAAAUCUCUAGAUCCAAGUCAAUCAGAUACUCAUCAAUUAACAACUGCAGUUCUAGGAGACAGUGGUGUGGAGGCAGAUUUCUCUGGAGCACAGUCAAGCACAGAACCUAACUCUGACAUUAUUGAUGACACUGAGAGUGAGCAAACAACUUCAAUCUGCUGUCAGGAGAGCAUGGAUUUCAAAACUACUACAGAGGUAGACACUGACAGAGUGCAAUCUCCUGUUGGUACUGAUUUUUGUGUCGAGGAGAACUCUUCAGGGGUUUCACCAGAUGAUGCAUGUGCUAAGAAAGUGCAAGAGGUGGAUGAGUUCCCUGUCAAAGACGAUAAUGUGAAAAUUGGAAAUGAAACUCAAGACUCCCAAGACAUAAGCCUGCAUUUCACUGAAACUGAGAGAAACACCCAAGGUAUUCUGAAAACACAAGAGUCCCAAGACAUUACCCUGCACUUCUCUGAAACUGAGAGAAAUGUUGAGGGUGCUUUCAAAACUCAAGAUUCUCAAGACAUUAGCCUGCACUACACUGAAACUGAGAGCCUCAUAAAAACUGACUUAAAAGGAGUGACCAAAGAAAACCAUUUGACCAAUGAAAUUGCAGUGAUGGAAAAUAGUUCAAAUGCCGGAAACAAACCCAAGGGAUCAACAUGGGAGGAGCUCAACUCAGCGAUGAAAGACUUGGAUGAUGAUGAUUUAGUAUCACAUGAGAUUGUUCCUAAGAAGCUAUCACUAGGUUCUGGUCCUCGACUAAGCCUUAAAGGGGCACCCAAUGAUGUAAUAGAUUUAGAUGGUUCUGUCUCUAAUCCUCGAACACCAGGAGUGAAGGGCCUCAUUGAAAGAUUUAUGAAGCAUUCCGCCUCCAAAAGAAAAGAAGCUCAAACUGUGGAACUGAGUGUCAUAUCAUCUGAAAAAGAUACAAUCGGUGGUGUUGUUGAUGUCAAGCAUGAAUCUUUGAAAGUUGUUCUCACUGCUGAAGAGCCUCGUCGAUCUGAAAAAGAUGCAACUCCUGGGGCCAGAUUAAAACUUCUGAAAACAGAGUUAAAUCGACAAAUGCGAAAGCAGAAGGGAGAAGAAUGGCAGAAAAAGCAUGAAGAAAUGAAAAAUGAACAAGUAUUUGAUGGUGAGAAAGAUGAUUGUGGCAUGUUGCCUGAUGAAGAGGAAGAGGAAGAAGAAAUGACUGACAGCGAAGCAGAAUCAGAGCCAGAAAUUAAUGACGUCAGAGAAAGUAAGAAAAAGAAGAAAGUCAAAAGUGCAUAUGUUGAUGAAGAAGCUGAAGUUAGUGAGGAAGAUGGCGGCGAUAGAGAUGUGGAUGAAAGAGAGAGUAGUGAUGAUGAGAGUGUUGAUGAGGGUGAUGAUGAGGGCAGUGGAAGUGAAGAUGACAACAAUAAGCAUGUUGAUGACACCAGUGUAGAUGAUGAAACAAGCAAAUCUAAAAUAGACAGUGUAAAAGAAUCUUGUUUAGCUCAGACAGAGAAUGAUGAAACAAGUGAUAUUGGACCAACUAAUAGUUUACGACGAACACUUACAUCUGCAUCUGCUGAUUUAUUUGCCUCUCAGUCAUCAGUGUGGAGAGUUGAGGAUGAUGAUGACUUCAUUCCUGCUGGUCAGCCUAAUGGUGUCACAAGAGAUUAUUCCUUUAUGGACAGGGCUGAUGAUGGAAAAGAAAGAGAGAUGCUUUUUUCUCCAAUGAGUCUCACCCUCCCUGAAAAGACUCAUAGUUUUAUGGAUACUAGCCAGGAACUCACACCUCAAAAAACAUCAAUUGAUCCGAGGCCCCAAAGCAGCUUGAAGAAGCUUUUUGGGGAAACACAAAUUUAUAGCACCCAGGACAAGCUAAAAGAAAUUGCAGGACUAUUUGCAGACAAAUUUAAUGAUUCACAGGAUAAUAUAUCUGAUCUCGCCAAUGUGUCGACGGGAGAGUCUGAAACAGACCUUAUGGCGCUAUGUUCAGGCAAGUUUGUCACGCAGCCACCCAAACCAAAAGAUCUGGAAGAAGAUGAAGAGCGUGUGCCAGACUCCCAACUAUCUCAAACUCAACCUGCUACAUCAUGGGAUCCAGCUUUGGAGAAUGGAGACUCAGUUGAUUUUAGUCUGAAGUUUGAUGGGGAUUCUAAGAAUCCAGAAGACAUUGUUGAAAAGCCUAAUGAAUGUGCAGGAAACUUCAGAUUAGAAAUUAUGUCCUCGGAUGAUGAAGACAAUACUACAUUGACUAAAGAAAAGAAAAAGAAACGAAAGAAGCUUGAGUUUUCAGAUGACGAAGAUGACGAUAACCAUAAGAGUGACACAGAUCUAGAAGAAAAUGAAAUUAACAGUGAUGAGGAAGAAAAGGAAAAGGAAGAAAAAAAUUCUAAGUUAUUUGGAAUUUUUUCCAAACCAUCAAAAGAAAUCUUCUAUGAUUCAGAUGAAAAUGAGAUAGAGCCUGGUGAUUUUCUUGAAAAGGAGGCAGAGUUGUCUGAAGAGGAUGAGUACAAUGGUAGUGAUGAUGAAGAUGAAAAAGGAUUGGAUCAGCUAGAGAUGAAUGAAGCAGACAAAGAAGACAUUGAUCAGGACCUUGUUCGAGAGCAACUUGUCAAAAGUCACAUGCAGAAGAUGUUAGAUGAAGAUCGCCGUGAUGUACGUAUUCUUCAAGAAAUGCUUCUGGAAGAUGGGGAGUUGCAUUCUGAUAAUGGUGGCAGAGAGCGCCAGUUUCGCUGGAAAAAUGUUGACUCCACUGGAAUGGGUGACGAUGGGCAUCGCUCUGAUGAUGAGCAUGCUGACAAUGAUGAUGAAGAAGAUGAUGCUGCAUGGCGGAAACAAAGACAUGAGCGAGAGAUGUUCUUGAGAGAGCAGCGAGAGAAACAAAAGAAGGAAGCUGGAGGCCAUAAAGAGGAUGAUGAUGAGGAUGAAGUUCUUGAGAACAGUGAACUUCUUCAGCUGGGUAAAUCAAUCCUCUUCAAGAACCGUUCCAGUUCAUUAGACAUGUCUGCUCCCAAAGAAACCCAGCCUCCAAAGUUGACUGCACACAACCCUGUUCUAUCUCCAGAAAGAAAAACAGGAAACACAUUCCUUUCCAAGCGAGGAUCUUUCUUGUCAAGAGGGGAUGGUGUCUUGGCAAAGCUUGCCAAAAUGACUGGUCCUGCUAAAGAAAAUGUUAUGUCGGGAGCUAAGAGUAGAGGCAACUUUGUCUUCUCUGCCAUUAGUCCGCCGAAGUAUGAUAGCCAACCUGAAGAGGAUGACUCUAAAACAUCAAAAAGAAAAGCUACCGCUGGAUUAAUGAAUGCUGAAAAGAAACCAUGUUUAGUUACUGCUGCAAGAAAAAGCAGUGGACUCUUUGAUCACUUUUGAUAAUUGUAUUUGUUUGGUGUUUGUCCAUAACUUUUGAAAUGUUGGUGCUGUUUUUCUGCUGAAUUUGUGAUUUAUCUGUGUUCAUGUGCAAUGCCUUUGACAAGAUGUUCUGUUAUUUCGUUUCUUUUCUGGUUCUAGUCCAAUUUUUAUAACCAGAACCUAUAUACUGUAUUUCAUUUUGUACUCAUAGCAAUGCCUUGUAAAUUCUGUAAAUACUUGCCGACAUUAAGCCAUGCUCAGAAACCUGUAAAUGUGUGUUUUUCUAUGACAUUGAAAAUUAACUUUACCUUUUUUAUGCAUGUAACUUAUGACGUCCUGUUAGUGUAUUUCUUAACUUAUCUUAUCUUUUUUUUUUUUAAUGGUUUGUGUGAGGUUUAGUUGCUAUUGAAAUAUGUAUUAGUUUAUAAUUGACUUCUAAAAUAGAGUGAAUGAUGGUGUUCAAUUAGCAUACUGAAAACUUAUCAUUUGUGAUUACAAUGACAAUUAAAAGAACUAAACCUUAGUAA